AUGGACCCAACUUCACCCACUCACAACGGUGUGCAAGCCCACCGAUCGCAACUUCUGUCGUCUAUUUCAGACUUGAGACAAGGAAUUCAAGCUGCUGAAGCAGAUGCAGACCACAUUGAGACCCGCAUUGCCUACAAGGAGGACUAUAUUGCGGAGCUCAGAUCCAAUCGCAUCGCCCAUGAUGAACCUACGCCAGCAAUCGACAAGGCCAUUCAACAGGCACAAGCACGCCGUGAAAAUAUCAAAGAGGCUCUCAGCGAGAAGAAAGAUGAGAUCGCACGCCUGAGGAAGAAAUUGGAGAAAAAGGAAGCAAAGCUUGUAGCGAUCCCACCAGUUGAGUCAUCCAAUGCGCCCAGCCCUAAGGACAAUGAGGACGCUGCAGCACUGCUGGAAGUCACAACUACCCCCAUGAACACAGUCUUCACAAUCAGUGAAGACGGUAAGACAUAUACCGACCCGGCCAUGCUACGAGGUGUCCCAGUUGCACCCAUCAGCGAGAACGACUCAUACUGGGAUCCCAUGUGGACAAAGUUUGCAGAGGCAGUCAACGAAGAGAAAGUGGAAAGGGAGUAUCAAGAAUACAUCUCGACCAGACACCAACAAAUUCUCGACGGAGCUCUCUCAGCAGCUGAGGAGGAUCCCGAAUCUGUUUUCAAGAGAUACCAGCGCAACCUGAGGCAAGCCAAGGUUGCGAAGCAGUGGUUUCGCCCAGGACACACGAUCCAUCCAAACCAACUCAUGGCAAAGGAACACUUGCCUGUGCUAGGACUUUGCGACAACUAUGUCCUCUACAAGAUCUGCAACAUCCUCAGCCGCAUCAACGCCAUGUAUGAGCGUGGAGAGCUAGGAAUGCCGCCUUUACACUUCCUUAUGUGGAGAAUGAGUGUCUCCCUGGACCGCCAUCCACGGAACGCUAUGAAGUCGUUCUGGCGCGUCAUUAUCAACGAGACGCACACUGCUUACGACAAUAUCCUCCGCAGAGCCGAGAUCAGAGGUGCGCAGCAUACUGGUGACUACAACUUCUACUUGAGCAGACGGAAGCAGGUGUCCUCUACUGGAGGCCAGACACAGAUGUUCACACCGAUUCCGGACGCAUCAAAGACCCCAAAUGCAGCAUUGAAACGGUCGACGAUGACUUCUUAUGAUCCCGAUGCCCAGCAGCAGCAUCGAAAUGCACAUGAGCCUACCCUGACGUUCGCUCUGAAUCAAACCAACACAGCGGAAUCCCGGAUGCAGAUGCAGACAUUUUCUGCACAAAAAGAUGGACGACGCAAGAGGGAUCGACGUACAAAACGCCACUCUUCAGAGGCAUUUGGUCAACAGACUUCUGAAUAUGACAACAGUCAAUCGAGAUCUGUCAAGAAGCCGUACCAGGCACCUGCACACAUGGAGAUGCAGCUUGCGGUCCGAACCAGACCAUCUACUGAGAGCCUGCCCUCAAGCUCUCCUGCAACCACAACCAGCACGAAGAUCAAAUCUUUUCCGAUCCUGGGAGAGAAGCCUGAGCGCGGCCCUCAGGCUCAAGCUUCUGUGUUCGAGGAUAAGAAGGCCCCAAUGGAGGAUAGGCUUGAACAGGACAGCCUCAAGAGCAAGGCCGACGUUGAUGCGUCGGACACCAAGGAAACGCCUCCCACUCGAGAUGAAGCCACUGCCGAGGUCCAGCACGACAACCAGGAAUGGAUAGACAUGUUUGUCGGCUCAGAAGAGAUUAAAAGACAAAUUCGAAGCAACCCAAAUAUUGAGGCCAUCAGGGCCUCGGUUGGGGAGAGUCCUUUCCCAAAAAACACUGGUAGGAGAGUUUCGCAUGGGUUCGUCUUCCCCCGGUACUAUUCCAAGGAGGCGCAGAAGCUAGACGAAUUAGACUGGCUCUGA